UUAUGCAAGUCAUUUGAGUGUUAAAGGUGUGUUGCGAGGAAAUUCAAGGGAAAUUUCAAUAAAUUGCGCAAAGAAAUCGCAGCAGAGAAAAAACAAUGUCGAGAAGGCAAAACUCCACGGUUGCCAUGCCCAUGGGACCAAAGGAACUAAGCGCAAUUAUUCAGCGAUUUGAUCCAGAUUUAGCCGACUGCAUUGACACAGAGGAUUGGCUGGUGGAAGUGGAAAAUGCGCGUUUGAUGUAUCAUUGGGAAGAGAGGAUGACAAUUCUUUAUGCGUCCAUGCAGUUGAGGGGACCCGCUGAAAAAUGGUUCCAUAGCGCCAAAGCGAGGCUGGAUACGUGGGCAAAAUUUCGCGAUGAAUUGUUGCAAUUCUUUCCUACCGUGGUGGAUUCCGCGAAGAUACACAAACAACUUGACACCCGACGCAAGACAGAAAAUGAAACAACCACAUCCUAUUUCCACAGCAUGAUGGCGCUGGCUACAAAGGCUAAGAUCGAUGACAAAACCACCAUGAAGUACAUAAUAAAGGGCCUUCCAUCCGAGUCGCUAAGGACAUCAUUGUUGACACAAACUUUCGAAUCUCUCCCGAAACUUCUCCGCGUGCUAAUUGAUGCGGAACAAGGCAAUGAAAACGCAGAUGAUUCCAAGCAAGACAGGCGCUAUUCCAAGCGCAAUCCCGGGCAGAAUUCAGGGCGCUACCAUCCGUACCGCCAUGACAAGACGAAUGACAGUCGAGAAUCUCAGCGUGAAGCACACAAGGAAGCCAAUAAGGAGAAAGAGCAGAAAACCACCAAGGAGCGACGAAGCUCUGAGAAACUCUGCUACAGAUGCAAGAAGCCCGGACAUUUGAUUGCUCAGUGCCCACAAUAAUUCCGAUGAAUUCCAAUGUAGGGAUAAUUAAAUUGAAUUUCGAGGAAAUAAAGAAGCUAAGCUUACUGAGUGUAGUCAAGUGUGAAGUCAAAUAAAAAAGAAAUUACAGAAAUGCAUUGUUAUUUAUUCGAGAUUUUAAUUAGUUGUUUUUCAGGACAGAAAAGUGAAAUUAAGAUCUCAAGGUAAGCCUACUGAAUAUAAAUGGAGAAUAAUUUCUUUGUCAUUUUAGAGAAUGGACAUACAACGAGGAAGCAACAAAGAAAUGUGAAGGAUUUAAAAUAUCAAAUAUUAUAUGCCCCACUCAGACACAAUCUAGAGGAAAUGAAGGAAGAGAAUCUCAAACGCACGACAGGAAUUGAGGACUGGAUAGGACUUAAGGAAGGCUAUGUGCCAAAGUCAAGCAAUGGCUAUGUGCCGCUUGAAAGCUGAGUGCGCUAAACCAAGAUGCAAAGAAGGAAAGGAACCCAAAAGUAUAAUAAGAAUUAAGAAUUAGAUGGAAGGAAGGUAAAUUGCUAAUCAAGACAAGAUCCGAAGCAAGAAGACUCCGUCUUCACUAGCUGAGCCCAGGCUUAGUUGCUUCACAGAGCUCAUAGUACUAUGUGUACUCUAUCAUGGAAAAAAAAGCAAGAGAUUAAACAAACACGAUGACAAUGAUGAAAUAUAACGAAAGAAUAAGGACACUGGAUUGACCAUUCACUUCAUCAAUGAGGACAUUGAUCAUAUCAGGAAGGCCGAGAUGUAGAACAAUGCUAUGUGCCCCGGUAGAGAAACCCUUCUACCGUAAUAAUACGUUGAGCUGUGGCACUAUGUGUGUCUAGGGUUGGACUGCUCUGGGUGAAAGAGUGAGAUGAGUCGUUAGCUCUAUGCCGCUCAUCAGGCACUCAUAGGUUCAGUAGCCCACUGUUGCUCGUCCGAUUCAGUUCGGGACCCGUUAGCUCUUCAAAUAAGGGUAGUUAUUAGCCCAUGUAGGAAUA